AUGACAGCUAGCACUCAUCUGUUUAAUUAUAAUCGAAGGAACUCACAACCACAAGCAACUCCAUAUGUCAUACCUCAAAAGCAUCAUCCACUGGAGCCUAUACCACAGUAUCCGCACCACCAAUUACACAGUCAGUAUUCACCAACAAUGAUACACCAGACUUCGCAUUUGUCACCCAACGGGUACCUGAAGAGCAUGCAGCAUGACCAACAACAACAACAACAACAGCAUGUCCAACAACAACAACAACACUAUACACAACUGCAAUAUGGAUAUCCAUAUUUACCUCCAUCUCAAUCUCAGUAUCAGUACCAUGACCAAAACCAGAACCAAAAUCAAAACCAAAACCAGAACUUAAAUAUAAUGAGCCCUGCUAUUCCCCAGAAAUUUCUGCAGCUGCAACCUAACCAACAAUACACGCAAAUGUCACUUCACGAACAGGAGCAUCAGCAGGAACAACAGCAGGAGCAGCGACCCGAUCCAUCAUACCUUUCCAGUAACAAGCACAACAGCGAUAGAGACUCGGCUAUAUAUUCACCUCCACUAUCAUCUCAUCCAAUGCCUAAACUCUCUCGGGAGUUUGUAGUACGAAGAAUCAGUGAAGGAGAAAGCGGCCGAGUCAAAGAAGAAUUACGCUGUGAAGCAUGCGGUAAGGGUUAUAAACACAUUUCCUCAUUGGCUAAACAUUUAUGGGAACAUACACCUGAAUGGAACGUUACCAAGAAACUCUUGAUUUCGAAACACCAACAAGUGCAACUUUUGGAAGCUGCUAGCAUCUUGGUCGGAAUGAAUGAUAAAAGUGCUCCAGUUAGCCCCGUCUCUGCCGCAGCUGCAGCUGCAUCUGCAUCUGCAUCUGCUGCAUCAUCUCGUUUUUCUACAACUAAUGGUAAAAAAUAUACACACAAGCGAGCAGUGUCUGACCAAUUUACCACGAGUGCAACUAAUUCGUUUGUGCCACUUUCAUCCACGAAUAAAGAGAAAAACAAUAAAAACACAAGGAUUUCAAAAGCAGGAAACCAUUUGCAGUUGAGUACCCCAACACCACCCACUCUGGAAGAACUGGUCGGGGAUAAUUAUUUAUCUAAGCUAAAGGGAGAUGGAACUUUAUAUCAAUUGAAAUCCAACAGAUCAAACUCUGCAUCACAAUGUCCACCCUCUUCGCUUAAAGUCGCACCAUUGUCACCAAAUUUAAAUGGAAAUGGUGCUAGACUAGAUAAUAGGGUUAAACUUGGACUAGGCGAUGGAAUGCACGUAGAACAAGCAUUGUUGUCGCCAACGGGUACAGAAGAACUUGACGGCGUGCAGCAUGCCAAAACGACCAAGUAUGAAGAACCAAUAAAUGUGAAAUUCCAUGCUGUUGAAGGAUCUAUGAAACAAGUUAAUAAGCACAAAAACUAA